UCACCCCUCACUUCGCCUACGUCCGUCUAGCCUCUACUGCCGGCUGCGAACGCGCCCGAGAGGCUAUUCCCGCCGCUAGGGUGGAACUCUCAAGGAUUCGAUUCUGAAUAAGGACCGCAGUUGAACUCUGUCGUGACGUCCGACGAUCCCAUGGAUCGGCCCAGCCGGUAGCACUCGCGAUACCACUUCGACUGCCCGGUCUGGGGUCUUGGCGACUACGCUAGCUUCCAAGAUGGCCCCGAACAGUGCAACCGUCUCUGGGCUGCUGAGGCAGGCCAUCUACUACCACCUCGACAACUUGGCCUGCGAGAAUGCCCUUUUCUUCGCUGAACGCCUUCACGCCCACGACCCCCGCACUCCCGAGUCUGCCUUUCUCCUCGCUCUCUGUCACUUCCAGCUCGGUGAUUCUCGGUCCGCAUAUGAGGCAAGCAAGCCGUCUGCAUACCGGGGGUUGCACCACGGCUGCGCUUAUGUCUUCGCCCAGGCGUGCUUGGACUUGGAGCGGUACAAAGAAGGGAUAGCAGCACUGGAAAAGACGAGGGGACUGUGGGCUGCCAGGUGUAGCAUCGGAAAGCAUACAUCUUCGGCCAGGACGCCCUACCCGGAUUCGUCUGCGGCUAGCUGCCUGCUGGGAAAGCUCUACCGAGCCUAUGACGACAAGAAGAAGGCCGUGACAUGCUUCGAGGACGCGCUUAAAGCCAACCCUUUCAUGUGGGAUGCCUUUACUAGUCUCUGCGACAUGGGGGUGAGCGUUAGAGUUCCCAUAAUAUUCAAGGCCAGCGAAUCAUUUGCGCGCAACUUCGACCAUGAGCCAAGCGCGAUAACGCUCGAGCCGAAUGGGUCCCUUGCUCCUAAUCAUCCCGAACGCCUCACGAAGAAAAUAGGGAUAGGUCUUCAGCCUGUCAGCAACGAGUCGGACCCAUUCGAGCACCUCCGGCCUACGGCGUUUCAGGAUGUCUCUAGCAAAAACUUGGUUUUCGCUGAGCCUGGUGAGAAUGACCUGAUGUCGAAAAUUGUGGCAGCGCAGUCGAGAUACCCUACGCACCAGGGCCAGAGGCCUGGGCCAGAUGGGAUGGAAACUCCCACCGGCCCCGCUGCUGUAGCGCCCGAUGCUCAGAUACCUCGUCUUGCUUACGCCCACGAGCCGCCGCAGGCUCCGGCCCGAAAAACGCGGACGGCUCAGCCGGUCGACUCCGGAUUCCCGGAAGCGCCGCCUAAGAUGAGCUAUCGCUUGAAUUCCAGGAAGAGAGAAAAGGGCCAAGAGCAGGCUGGGGAUCUUUCCGACUCGACGACAAGGGGGCCAGCCUUCUCUCUAGCCGCCACAGGGGGGAAACGGACAGCAUCAGGACACCCUGUGCACGGUCGACCGGUAAAUGGCGACGAGCCGAGGAGGAGUGCGAGGCUCAACGUCUUCCCAAGGUCAGCGGCCUCGAAGACAAACUUGGCACCCCCAACGAUUGGCAUGCCGGCGACCCGUGAGCUCAAGAAGGCUAGGCCCCCGAUAUCGCGGAUCAUGCGUCCAGGUUCUAGCGGAGCCAGCGUUGGAAGGGUAGUCAGCGGCAACCGGAAGCCAAUGGAGGAGAGCAACAUGGAUAUCGACCAAGUCGAUGCUCCGCGUGCGAGAGAGCCGCCUCCCGUGCACGCUCUACCGCCCAAGCCGGUAGAGUCCGAAUCAGUCAAGGUUGACGAAGCGCUAAGGUGGAUCCUAGAACUCUUAAAGAAGCUGGCAUCCGGGUAUCUCCUCUCGUCGCAAUUCCAGUGCCAAGAGGCCCUGAACAGCUACACCUCACUUACCCGCAAUCAUCAGGAUACGCCAUGGGUGCUCGCCCAGAUGGGAAGGGCGCACUAUGAGCAGGCAAACUAUGCGGAAGCCGAGAAGUUCUUCAGGCGCCUUCGUAUCCUGGCUCCAACCCGUCACGAGGACAUGGAAGUCUACUCCACUAUUCUGUGGCAUCUGAGGAAGGAAACCGAUCUCUCGUUUUUGGCUCAUGAGCUAAUCGAUGAUGUAUGGGACUCACCACAGGCCUGGUGUGCGCUAGGAAACGCGUGGUCUUUGGCAUCAGACCACGAGCAGGCCUUGCGCUGCUUCAAGCGGGCAAUCCAGCUGCAUCCCAAGUUUGCAUAUGCAUACACCCUGCAGGGACAUGAGCAUGUGGUCAACGAGGAGUACGACAAGGCUCUCAUGUCAUAUCGCCACGCAAUCUCGGCGGACAAGCGACAUUAUAACGCUUAUUACGGCAUUGGAAAGGUCUAUGAGAAACUUGGGAAUUUCGACAAAGCACUAAGUCACUACCACGCCGCGUUGUUAAUACACCCGAUGCACGCGGUCCUGAUAUGCUGCAUGGGGACAGUGCUGCAACUCCAGAAGCAGAUUGUUCAGGCGAUCCCCUACUUCACGAAAGCCGUCGAGCUAGCCCCCCGCGCCCCCGACUUCCGGAUGAGGAAAGCCCGGGCACUCCUGCACACUGGGCAGUUACAAGCCGCGCAGAACGAACUAAUGAUUAUGAAGGACCUUGCUCCAGAUAGCCCUUGGGUUCACUUCCUCUUGGGGAAGCUGGCCAAGGCACUUCGCGACAAGAAGUCGGCAGUUCGCCACUUCACAAUCGCGCUCAGUCUAGACCCCAAGGCGAGCACACAAAUCAAGCAGGAGAUAGAGAGUUUGGAAGACGACGAUGGCUUGGAUGACUCCAUGAUGCAUUGAUACUCCAUGAUUUAUUAUUGACGACGAUGCUUGGAAUGCGACACGGGCCUCUAUACAGGAAAGAUCACUUUCACGGUGUGUUUGAUGAGAUA